GGCGGCGGCGGGGCUUGAGCCCCUCUUGCGGGACAAGGGGGAGGCCGGGACCGCGAGGGGUCAUCAAGCUUUGUUGUGCGUGUUGGCCAGUUCUGAGGUCUCCCUGAAGGAGCACUGCAUUGAGGAAGAUCAAAGCAGCAGUCUUUGCCAACUAGGGAAUGGACCGUUUGGGUUCCUUUAGCAAUGAUCCCUCUGAUAAGCCACCUUGCCGAGGUUGCUCCUCCUACCUCAUGGAACCUUAUAUCAAGUGUGCUGAAUGUGGGCCACCUCCUUUUUUCCUCUGCUUACAGUGUUUCACUCGAGGAUUUGAGUACAAGAAACAUCAAAGUGAUCAUACUUAUGAAAUAAUGACCUCAGAUUUUCCUGUUCUUGACCCCAGCUGGACUGCUCAAGAAGAAAUGGCCCUUUUAGAAGCUGUGAUGGAUUGUGGCUUUGGAAAUUGGCAGGAUGUAGCCAAUCAGAUGUGCACUAAGACCAAGGAGGAGUGUGAGAAGCACUAUAUGAAGCAUUUCAUCAAUAACCCUCUGUUUGCAUCUACCCUGCUGAACCUGAAGCAAGCAGAGGAAGCGAAAACUGCUGACACAGCCAUUCCAUUUCACUCUGCCGAUGACCCUCCCCGACCUACCUUUGACUCCUUGCUUUCUCGGGACAUGGCAGGAUACAUGCCAGCUCGAGCAGAUUUCAUUGAGGAGUUUGACAAUUACGCAGAAUGGGACUUGAGGGACAUUGACUUUGUUGAAGAUGACUCGGACAUUUUACACGCUCUGAAGAUGGCCGUAGUAGAUAUCUAUCAUUCCAGGUUAAAGGAGAGACAAAGGCGAAAAAAAAUUAUAAGGGACCAUGGAUUAAUUAACCUUAGAAAGUUUCAGUUAAUGGAGCGGCGGUAUCCCAAAGAAGUCCAAGACCUUUAUGAAACAAUGAGGCGAUUUGCAAGGAUAGUGGGGCCAGUGGAGCAUGACAAGUUCAUUGAAAGCCAUGCAUUGGAAUUUGAACUCCGAAGGGAAAUCAAGAGACUCCAGGAAUACAGGACAGCAGGCAUCACCAAUUUUUGUAGUGCCAGAACCUACGACCACCUCAAGAAGACGCGGGAAGAGGAGCGCCUCAAGCGCACCAUGCUCUCCGAGGUCCUGCAGUACAUCCAGGACAGCAGCGCCUGCCAGCAGUGGCUCCGGCGGCAGGCUGACAUUGAUUCUGGCCUGAGUCCUUCCGUUCCAAUGGCUUCGAAUUCAGGUAGACGAAGUGCACCACCCUUGAACCUCACUGGCCUCCCUGGCACAGAGAAGUUGAAUGAAAAAGAAAAGGAGCUCUGUCAGAUGGUGAGGUUGGUCCCAGGAGCCUAUUUAGAAUACAAAUCUGCUCUACUGAAUGAGUGUAACAAGCAAGGAGGCUUGAGACUGGCACAGGCAAGAGCACUCAUCAAGAUAGAUGUGAACAAGACCCGGAAAAUCUAUGACUUCCUCAUCCGAGAAGGACACAUCACUAAGGCCUGAGGCUCCAAGGGCCGGGAGCAGAGAUCACAAGUGUGGAGUGUGAUAGGCCAGAGGACAGCAGGGCAUUCUGGAGUUUCGUUUCUGAGCUGAAUUCUCAUUGUGGAAAGAGGGGAAGAACAAAGGAAACCUUGAGUUGUAUUCAUGUCUACUUUCUCCUCUGCCCUGCUUCCAGAUACGCCCGUUGCUGGUAUCGUGCCGCGGAGCUAUGUGCUAGAUAAGCUAUUAUUAAUUGUGUGUGGGCAUUCAUUCCUAACACCUCUUGUAACUAAAACAAGCACCAUAGUACCUCACAUCACAGUGUUGGUAGAAAUAGAACUAAACCUGUCUUUCGUCCCAGGAGCCCAGCUCAGAUCCUUGUACUUGCUUGGGAGGUUGGUUUUCUGACUAUCUGUUUUGCCUGCAGAUGUUACAGACAGACUUAAAAUAAAGAGAAAGGUUAUAGAGCAUGAGAAAGCCUUCUCUUUCUGUCUGAGGAUUUUUUUUUAAGCCGACAACUUACGUUUAUGAGCAAAAAGGAGGAAAAUCUCCCCAUGAUUGUCUUGUCCCAAACUGCAUCUUGAACUUUAAUGUCUGGCAUUGUAAUUUGCAGUCUUACUGUCUGAUCUGCAGUAGACUUUUGAAGGGGUGGUACCGGAUAUAAAACAUCUCUGUUAUUUUUAGAAUUAAUGGAUUAAAAUGUUUUCCUACUUAA